AUCAAGAGGAGGGGGCAAUCCCAGUUAAGCUACACUGUGGAUGUUUCGACCUAGGGGAACCCCAAGAUCAUCAUCCAUAAGCAUCUCAAUGGCUUCUCUCAUCGGAUGUGCCCAAACUGGCUUCCCUCAUAUCACGGCCAUACAGCUCGCCUUCUCAAAUGCCUACUUCAUCCACCAAGCUAUGGUAGCUAACAACAACUGGCCAUCUUCCAUCGAUCUGCAAGCACCUUUCCCUUCGAUCACGUUAUCCAGCCAACCUGCAAAGGACGAUCUCCAUCCGCGAUCCAUAAAAUUUGCUGGCAGCAAUUUUCGCCAAACUUCCAAUGCUUUUGGGCACCAUCUGAUCAAUGGUCAAUGCCUUCCACCUUGUCACGGCACCAACAGCACCCGUCAUGGUCGAUGGAGCCUCUCCUAUGUCUUUCUUGGUUUGUCAUAAGUCUAUUAUGCUUCAACAACCAAAGAAAUGAACUGAUUCUGUUCGGAUAAAUUAUCCCAACCACUUCUCCUUCCAGAACUUAGUAGUUUUGCCAUUAGCCACCUGCUUUCGUGCUCCAAUUUUAUGUUUUAUUAUUUA